CUCCCCAGUAGAAGAAAAAACCAAAAAACUCAAAAAGAGAGAAAAGAUGAUAACAGCAGGUGAUUUUUACAAGGUGAUGUGUGCAAUGGUUCCAUUGUAUUUCGCAAUGUUGGUCGCGUACGGGUCAGUGAAAUGGUGGAGGAUAUUCAGCCCAGAGCAAUGCUCUGGGAUCAACAGAUUCGUGGCCGUUUUCGCUGUGCCGGUCUUGUCUUUCCAUUUCAUAGCUCAGAACAACCCUUACCAAAUGGACACCAAGUUCAUCCUGGCUGAUACUCUGUCCAAGGUCUUGGUCCUUGUCUUGCUCUCAGUUUGGGCUAUCUUCUUCCCCGGAGGAUCCCUGGAUUGGCUCAUCACCCUCUUCUCUGUUGCUACUUUGCCCAACACUCUUGUCAUGGGCAUCCCUCUGCUUAAUGCUAUGUAUGGAGAUUUCACUCAAAGCCUCAUGGUGCAACUCGUUGUUCUUCAAUGCAUCAUAUGGUACACUCUAUUGCUCUUCCUCUUCGAAUACAGAGCAGCAACGCUCUUAAUCAAAACCCAAUUCCCCGGCCCGACUGCUGCCACCAUUUCCAAAUUCGAGCUCGACAACGACGUCAUCUCAUUGGACGGCCGUGAUCCUCUCCGUACAGAAUCCGAGGCGGACAUCAACGGCCGUAUCCGUGUCCGCAUCAGGCGGUCCACGUCAUCAGCCCCGGACUCAGCUCUAUCAUCCUCCAUAUGCCUCACCCCUAGAGCAUCCAACCUCUCCAACGCCGAAAUCUUUUCCGUUAAUACGCCGGGCGGACCAAAUAAUAACGAGAUUGUUUUCUGUAACGGGGAUUUGGGGUUCGGUUACCGUGCCGUUAGCCCGCGUUUGUCGGGGUACGCUUCGUCGGAUGCUUACUCCUUGCAGCCGACGCCGAGGGCUUCCAAUUUUAAUGAGAUGGAUGUGAUUACGACGACGACGACGACGGGGAAUACACCAAUAUGGAUGAGGUCUCCGGUGGCGGGUGGGAAAGUUUCCAGGCAGGCGUCUCCGGUGGUUCCUGCCAUGAAAAUGGUUUGGGAGUGUCAAGGUGGUGGUGGGAGUGAUAACAGGCAGGGAUUCAAAGACGUUGGUGAGAAGGAAAUUAGCUUUCGAGACAACACCAAAAUAACAGUAGCAGAGGUUGCAGAUGGGAAGGAAGCCGUGAGCAAACAAGAAAUGCCAAAUGCCUUGGUCAUGCUAAGACUCAUACUAAUUGUGGUCGGAAGGAAGCUCUCUCGCAAUCCAAAUACCUACUCAAGUAUCUUAGGCCUUCUUUGGUCCCUCAUCUCCUUCAAGUGGAAUGUAGGGAUGCCAAGUUUGGUGAAAUACUCAAUAAAAAUAAUUUCGGAUGCAGGCCUUGGGAUGGCAAUGUUCAGUUUAGGGUUAUUCAUGGCACUUCAGCCAAGGAUUAUUGCUUGUGGCACAAAAAGAGCAACAAUGGGGAUGGUGAUCCGUUUCCUUAGUGGUCCUGUAAUAAUGUCCACCGCAUCGAUUGCCAUGGGAUUAAGAGGACCAAAGCUACAUGCUGCCAUAGUACAGGCUGCACUUCCCCAAGGGAUUGUACCGUUUGUUUUUGCCAGGGAAUACGGGUUGCAUCCUGACAUUUUGAGUACUGGGGUUAUCUUUGGCAUGUUGGUGUCAUUGCCUGUAACACUUGUGUAUUACAUACUUUUAGGCAUAUGAAGAAAGGAAGAACACUCUCAAUAAGGAAAAUGGAGAAUCCAAAGCAUCAUGUGCCUAGAAGCUUGUGAGCAAGAGUGUGAUGUACCCAUAAAGCAUAAGCUGCCGGGUGCGUUAUAUAUGCUCUGGUUCUAGCCCCUGAUAGAAAACGUCAUUAGCCGGAUCAAAGUUAUUUUCUAUAUAUCCUUAUAAAAUGGUCUAGAGUCAAAAAGGAUACUGAACUGAAAUAUUAUGAGGAAUCUCCGAAGGGAAAACAAUAGGGUCAUCUUAGAAUGUUACAGGAUCUUGAUAUAUUAGGUUUUUGCAUGCUCUGGAAUUGUUGCCCCUAGUACAUAGAGUAGUGGUAGCCGAAAGGAAAAAUGAUUAUUAUCAUGACUUAUGAUUAAGGUAGGAGACUAUAUUUUUCUUGUUGGGGUGGGUAAAAAGAUGCUGCAACCAAGCGUGUUUGACUCAAGAAAAAGGUAGGAAAAGUGAAAGAAAAAAAAGGCAAAAUCAUAUCAGUUCCCUACUUUUUGUUUUUCACUAUCAUUUAAUGUUUGGAGCUAUAAUCACUAUA